AUGUCUGCUAUCGAUAAUAUACCCGCAUCAUCUGAAGAGCUUCCAAUUUUGAAGGCAUCUGAUUUGGCCGAAGAUAUUCAAACCAGGAUAUUAGAGUUAUCACAAGAAGCAACUCACACGUAUUCAGUUGAAAAAGAUAUUGCUACAUUUUUGAAGAAAGAAUUGGAUCAACUUUAUGGACCAACUUGGCACGUUAUUGUUGGGAAAAGCUUUGGAUCGUAUGUCACUCAUGAACAAGGUUACUUUAUUUAUUUUUACAUUGGAGAAUUAGCAUUUUUAUUAUUCAAAAGUGGAUAA